AUGAGCCAUGGCAAACCUAACGUUAUUCUUGAGCAGCAAUUUGGCAUCAAGGACAAUCCAAGCUCGGGGAAGCCUACCGCUGGUCGUUACGUUCCUCCCCACAUGAGAAAUAGAUCUGACAGAACAACUUCUACUAUUGACGAAAACCCAUCUCAGCCACAACAACAGUUUUCAAGUGAUAAUGAUAACUCACAGUUACAGUAUAACAAUGAACCUGAAGAGCAAGUUACACCUCUUCAAACACGUCGUCCAAACGGUUGGCAACAUCAACGAAAUGAAAGUGCUGCACCUGCAGUUAACUGGAAUAGUCGUACUUCAUUCCCUCGAGCGGAUGCUUGGAAGGGAGGUAGCCAAAGUGAAAUAGGUUACUCUACCUCACAACGAAAUGGCUGGAGUGAUCGAGCGUCAUCUCAGGGAGAUCGCUGGAAUGCCGGUUAUCGUAAUAAUCGUUAUGUUGGUGGUAAUCGUGGAGGAGGAGGUCCUGAAGAAUUUAGUAGUCGUCGUGGUGAAGAUGGAUAUGGUUCUUGGAGAGAUGGUAUACAUACAAUUGCUCCAAAGAAUCCACGUAUAGAGAGGGACCUCUUUGGUGCACCUGAUGACCCUGAUCGCCAACAUACUGGCAUCAAUUUUGAAAAAUAUGACGAGAUUCCAGUUGAAGCCAGUGGUAAUGAUGUUCCAGAAGGAGUUUCAAAUUUUACAAGCCCUCCUUUAGAACCUCAUCUUAUUAGCAAUAUCGAGCUUGCACAUUAUUCUACUCCCACACCCGUUCAAAAAUACUCUAUACCAAUUGUUUCUAAUGGACGUGAUCUAAUGGCUUGUGCUCAAACAGGUUCAGGUAAAACUGGAGGUUUUUUAUUUCCAAUUUUGUCGGAACUUUUUAAACAUGGACCUUCACCCCCACCACCGGAGCAACCUGGAUAUACCCGUGGCAUGUCUCGUAGUCGUAAAGCCUAUCCUGUAGGAUUAAUUCUUGCACCUACGCGUGAAUUAGCUUCUCAAAUUUAUGAUGAGGCUAGGAAAUUUGCAUAUCGUUCCUGGGUACGACCUUGUGUUGUCUAUGGUGGUGCUGAUAUUUCUGCUCAACUAAGACAGAUUGAUCGUGGAUGUGAUCUAUUAACUGCAACUCCUGGUCGUCUUGUUGAUUUAAUUGAACGAGGCCGUGUGAGUUUAUCUCAAACUCGUUAUUUGGUUCUUGAUGAGGCUGACCGUAUGUUAGACAUGGGUUUUGAGCCUCAAAUUCGUCGUAUUGUUGAACAAGAAGAUAUGCCUGGUGUAGGUGAACGUCAGACGCUUAUGUUUAGUGCUACAUUCCCCCGAGACAUUCAAAUUCUUGCUCGAGAUUUUUUAAAGGACUAUGUUUUCUUGAGCGUUGGUCGUGUUGGAAGUACAAGUGAGAACAUCACUCAAAAGAUUGAAUACGUUGAAGAUGAAGACAAACGAUCUGUGCUCUUAGAUAUCCUACAUUCUCAACCAGAUACAGAUCGUGGGCUUACAUUAAUAUUUGUAGAAACCAAACGUAUGGCAGAUAUGUUAUCGGAUUUCCUUAUUCAAUCCAACUUUCCCGCUACAUCUAUCCAUGGCGACCGAUCGCAACGUGAACGUGAACGAGCUCUUGAUUCAUUUAGAACAGGUCGUACUCCUAUAAUGGUAGCAACUGCAGUAGCUGCUCGUGGACUUGACAUUCCUAAUGUUACACAUGUAAUCAAUCAUGAUUUACCGACCGAUAUCGAUGACUAUGUUCAUCGAAUUGGUCGUACUGGUCGUGCUGGUAAUGUUGGUUUGUCAACGGCAUUUUUCAAUCGCAGCAACAAAGGCGUAGUUCGUGAACUCAUUGACUUAUUAAAAGAAGCCAAUCAAGAAAUUCCUGGCUGGUUAGAAACUGUAGCGAAAGAAACUCAAAGCUUUGGAGGUCGCAGCAGUCGCGGUAACGGUCGUGGAAACAGAGGUGGAAAUCGCGAUUAUCGUAAAUUUGGCGGAAGUAGUAGUGAAAGAGGAGGUUAUGGGGGUGGCAGCGAGCUUGGUUAUUACAGCGGCGGAGGCUACGGUGGCGGAAAUUAUGGAAGUGGUGGAAGUUAUGGAAAUGCCAACGGAAAUUAUAAACAAA